CUAUCACUACUGCCACUAGUAGCUGCUGUUAUGCUACUUAUAUAGUUUUCUAAAUAAGAACAUAAAUCCUAUUAGUUGGCCAGAAACAAUAACUGAUAAGAAGAAGCCGAGAGACAAGGAAGAAGGAACUGCUCUUUACUGUAGCUUCACCUGGACAAACCCUGGGGGCGAGGCCUCAGGGCCCCACACUAAAUAUAUAAAGGUGACAAUGUUAGACACAACACCAUUAACUCUAGAUCUCCAAGAGCAUCUGAAAUCUUCACUGGUAUCUUCAGAUACAGAGAUGCUUUUCUCUGUCCUUCUUGUGCUGGGUGUCUGCCUGGUGCCUGCUCACUCCAAACCAGCAGGAGAAUAUCUUGGCAGUCCUCUCCUUCAACACUGCUUUGAGGAGGCAAAGAAACUCGUGGAUGAUGCGUACAAGUACUCCAGAGAAGAGAGUCUGAGAAGAGUCCGCAAGGAGGCGGUGAGUCCUCACGAUACCCUUCGUCUCCUGAAGCAGCCUCGUGGUGACACACGCUCAGCUGUGAGAUCUGCAGACUACAUGGAGCAAACCCUCCGUCUGCUGCAGGAGAGGGUGCAUCGUGUGCACAAACGUUCACUCAACGCAACAGAUUUGCUCUCUGAAGAGGACCUGGUAAAGCUUGCCAAUAUAACUGGAUGUAGUGCUCGAGUCAGCCGCCCAAAAUGCCUCACCACACCAAACCUUAACAAGUAUCGAACAAUCACCAGCGUCUGCAACAACCUAAAGAAUCCUCGUCUCGGCGCCUCCAACACCCCCUUCACCCGCUGGCUACCAGCCGAAUAUGACGACGGCGUCUCCCAACCGAAAGGCUUCAACAAAAACCGAACAUUCAACAACUUCUUGCUCCCACUGGUGCGACAGGUAUCCAACAACAUCCUAAGCACAACAGACGCAGGUGUGGUCAACGACUCAGAAUACACUCACCUGGUGACCUUGUUUGGGCAGUGGAAUGACCACGAUCUCACCUUCACGCCCUUCUCCCCCAGCAUCCGCUCCUUCAGCAACGGGUUGAACUGUGACGAGAGCUGUGAGAAUUCUGAGCCAUGCAUCCCCAUCCCGAUUCCUCCCGGCGACCCCCGCUUGCCCUCCCGCCCAGACAGCUGCAUCCCUGCGUUCAGAUCUGCCCCCGCUUGCGGAACGGGAUACUCGGCCUACAAUUUCGGCGGAGAUCCCAACAAGAGAGAGCAGAUCAACGCCCUGACAGCCUUCCUGGAUCUCAGCCAGGUGUACGGCUCUGAAGAUAAGCUUGCCCUGUUUCUUCGCGACCCUGAUAGUGAUGGCGGCCUGCUGCGCAUCAAUACAGAGUUCAGAGACAACAGUCGUGAGCUGCUGCCUUUCCACCCUCUCCUGGUGAACAUGUGUGCCACUCGCAAAAGAGUCACCAACGACACGAACGCCAGAGAGGUGCCCUGUUUCAUUGCAGGUGAUGGACGCGUGGACGAGAACAUCGCUCUGACAUCCCUCCACACACUGUUUAUGCGUGAGCAUAACCGCCUGGCUCGUGAACUGAAGAGCCUAAACCCACAAUGGGACAGCGAGACCCUCUACCAAGAGGCCCGCAAGAUCAUGGGUGCUUACACACAGGUGUUUGUGUUCAGGGACUAUCUGCCACACAUUGUGGGUGACAACGCGAUGCGUACGCAGCUUGGCCGUUACCCCGGCUACAAUCCCAACAUCGACCCCAGCGUCGCAAACGUCUUUGCAACAGCAGCUUACCGCUUCGCCCACUUGGCCAUCCAGCCAGUCUUAGCCCGUCUGGAUGCAAACUACAGGGAGAACCCUCAGUUCCCCAGUGUCCCUUUGUUCAAGGCCUUCUUCACCCCCUGGAGAAUUGUCUUUGAGGGUGGCGUUGACCCUCUGCUCCGUGGUUUGAUCGGGCGUCCCGCUAAACUGAACACUCAGGAUCACAUGAUGGUGGAUGCUAUUAGGGAGAGGUUGUUCCAGUUUGUGAUGCAUCUGGCUUUGGACCUGGGCUCUCUCAACAUGCAGAGGGGACGUGAUCACGGCUUGCCUGGCUACAACGCCUGGCGCAGGUUCUGCGGCCUGUCUCAGCCCAGGAACCAGGCAGAGCUCGCUCAGGUCCUGAACAACAACGACCUGGCCCGCAAGCUGCUGCAGCUCUACGGUACGCCCGACAACAUCGACAUCUGGCUGGGAGGUGUGGCAGAGCCGUUCGUCCGCGGUGGCCGUGUGGGGCCUCUGUUAUCCUGCCUCAUCGCAACACAGUUCCAGAGGAUCCGCCAGGGUGACAGGCUGUGGUAUGAGAACCCGGGCGUCUUCACCCCGAAUCAGAGAGCCGCUCUGUCCUCUGCCACCAUCUCUAGGAUCAUCUGUGACAACACCGGGAUCACGUCUGUCCCCAGUGACGCCUUCAGCAUCCUCUCAAACAGGAACCGGCUCGUGCCCUGCAACAGCAUCCCAAGACUGAACCUGUCAGCCUGGAGGGAGAGAUCCUGCUCAGAGAAUUCAGGCCCGGGUGAUAGCUGUUAUCGAUUCAGUGGAACAGAGAAUGUGGAUCAGCUGGACCCGCUGGGCCGCGAGGACAACGAGGUCCAGUAAGACCCCCUGUCCCGAGAGGACCUCCUGGACCGCCAGAACUCAACAUCAAUGCCUCACAACCACAAUGUGCCUUCUCCGUCCGCCUGGGCGAGUAUAACCUAUCCUCAAAGAGAAUCGUUCAUUUCCGUCAGGUCAUCUAUAACAAACAGAACCAUUACAGCACUAAGGCGGGCCUGUUUACGUGCGUCAUCCCCGGUCUCUAUCAGUUCAGCUUCCUCACACAUUCCUGCACAUCCUCAUCAGUGCAGGAAGUGUAGACCUGUGGCAAAGAGCUGGUGCUGCACAGUAUCAAGGUUUAUCAGGGAGGUUGCCACUUGUCAUCAGGGGACAUCAGUGCUCGGCUGGAGACCAGUGACAGGACCACCGGCCUGAACACCAAAAGCUUCUUCUCAGGACACCUGCUCUUCACUGUGUGACACAAACAGCUUCUCCAGACUGAACCGCCACCCUCUAAUACACCAGUGGUCUGUCUGCUUUAGGAUAUGUUUUAAUAACUCACCCUCUCUGCACUGAACUUUACUUUAAUCAGGUCAUUUAUCAAAUAUCUAUUAUUGAUCAUUUACUUAUUUUUCUUUUGGGCAAAUGGACCAGACUGGGGCACACCAUACAACUGUACAUGUUACACAUUUUUUAAGAAAAUGAACACAUUUUCAACCUAAUGAACAUGAAAUAUGAUUGCAUUACAUUUGUUAAACUCUGUUACAGCAUGCAGUCUACUGGACCAGAAAUUUGUCACUAGCCAAUUUUGAUGGUGGGAUUUACUGGUAUUAUUAUGAAUAUUUUAUGCACUGAUGAAAUUAAAGCAUGAUUUGAAAAUGCUGUGUGUUGUGCUUUGUCUGGGAGGCUUGUUUUACUGUAACUUUCAUAUCUGUUGUAUUUUUACAUUCAAUAAAUAAACUAACAGCAGCAAA